AUGCGGCCCAGCCGCCGCCGCCCGCUGCGGCCAAGGGCACCUGCGCUCCCGCUUCUCCUUUUCCUCGCCGUCGCCGUUGCGCCGUCGCCGGCCGCCGCGGUGGGCGUGAACUGGGGCUUCGCGGCAUCCCACCCGCUCCCGGCGGCGCAGGUCGUGCGUGACCUCCUCCUCCCCAACUCCGUCCCCCGCGUGCGCCUCUCCGCCCCCUCGCCCGACGCGCUGACCGCCCUUGCCGGCACCCGCAUCGCCGUUACCAUCGGGGUCCCGAACGAGCUGCUCCGCCCCCUCGCCUCCUCCAGGAAGGCAGCCGCCGCCUGGGUACACGACAAUGUCACCCGCUACGCCUCCGGCGUACUGUUUGAGUUUAUUGCUGUUGGAGAUGAUCCAUUUCUUCUUAAUCAUGGGCAACAGUUUCAACCUUUUGUGGUCCGUGCAGCAGCAAAUAUUCAACGGGCAUUGGAUGAUGCAAAGUUAUCGAGCAAGAUGAAAGUAGUUGUGCCUUGUAGCUCUGAUGCAUACCAAAACGCAUCAACUCUGCCUUCGAAAGCUUACUUCAGGCCAGAUGUUAACAAAACCAUGGUUGAGCUCCUCCCAUUUCUUGCUAAUCAUAGCUCACCGUUUAUGGUCGAGCUGAAUCCUAUUUUGAGCUUUCAGCAGAAGAAGAAUAUUUCAUUGGACUAUUACCUUUUCCAACUAAUGUCGCGUCCGAUAAGUGAUGGUCAUAGCAAGUAUGACAACUACUUCGAUGCGAGCAUAGAUGCUCUGGUUACUGCUCUAACUAAAGCUGGAUUCGGUGAUAUGGACAUCGUUGUUGGGAAAGCAGGAUGGCCAACAGAUGGAGCUGUGAACGCAACUUCAGCUAUUGCUCAAUCCUUCAUGACAGGCCUGGUCAACCACCUGGCGAGAAAAUCCGGGACUCCACUUCGCCCAAAAUUUGCUCCAACUGAGACAUACCUCUACAGCCUUUUAGACGAAGAUCAACACAGUAUAGCAAGCGGAAGUUAUGACAGGCACUAUGGCAUUUUUACGUUUGACGGCCAAGCCAAGUACCAUGUCAACUUGGGUCAAGGCCCUACGGCUCUCAAGAAUGCGCUGGAUGUGGACUACCUUCCAUCAAAAUGGUGUGUGGUGGACAACAACAAAGACCUUUCCAAUGUUUCUUCCAGUUUCUCUGCCGCUUGCUCCAAUGCCGACUGCACCGCUCUGUCCACUGGUGGCUCCUGUGCAGGUCGUGGCUGGCCUGGGAAUGUGUCGUUUGCCUUCAACAGUUACUACCAGCAGCAUGAUCAGAGUGAGGAGAGCUGCAGCUUCAGUGGCCUAGGUUUGAUAACCACAGUUGAUCCAUCCGUUGAUAAUUGCCUCUUUGCUCUUGCAAUUCGCGCUUCUGCUGCUGCUUCCUUUCACCCAACAUUUGCCGUGCUGUGGAUACUAGUUUCGGUUUGCAUUUACAGUUUAGUCUGA